CGACCCAUGUCCAAAAUGCUUUUGGGAAGGUCAGUAAUUAUUCCAGGGCUAUUCCACAAUUUCAGCAAGCUAUCUCUUUCAUCUUGCMAUGCAUUUAAACGCGUACAAGGUCUGAGAGCUCUAUGCACUUMCAAAUCCAUUCAAACACGCAAAAAUCUAAUCUCUUCCACGACUUUAUGCAAUGACGACCGGGUUACAGUUCACUGGCAAAAUGGGGAACAGACGGAGUACCACAACGUUUGGUUGCGAGAUCACUGCAAAUGCGAGAAAUGCUUCAACUAUUCGACUAACCAGAGAGAAUAUGACAUGUUGUAUAUGCCRCUAGAUAUCAAACCGGUAGAAGCUGCUUCAAACGGGGAGGAACUCCAACUGACAUGGCCUGAUGGUCACAAGACCACAUUCCCUUCCCAGUGGUUGGAAGACCAUACAUAUAAAAAUAAGUCUCCAGUAACAAAGGGCAAUUGGGUGGAACCGUUCCUGUGGAAUAACAAGACUAUARCGUCUGURGAAUUGCCAAAGAUUACCCAUCAAUCAAUUCUAGAUGACGACAAGAACUUAUUYAAAGUAUCACAUGCAAUUGAAAAGUUUGGCUUUGCAUUUGUGCAUGASACUCCAACUGAUGUGACAGGYAUGGAAAGUCUGAUCAACAGACUUGCUGGUUUUGUCCGCGAGACMUUCUAUGGCAAGAUCUGGGAUUUUUCAAAUGAAGCGUAUGAUUAUGCUGAUACUGCAUAUUCAGCUUCACGGCUAGAAGCACAUUCUGACAACACCUACUUUGCCGACCCKGCAGGGCUACAGUUACUACAAUGUAUCAAUCACAAUGGUAGUGGAGGAGAAAGUUUACUUGUCGAUGGUUUUAAUGCUGCAGAGAUCUUGAAGAAAAAAGAUUAUGAGGCAUUCAAGUUUCUUUCAUCUCAGAGGAUUCCUUCUAUAUAUGAAGACAACUCCCUCUGCAUUAAGAGCAAUGGUCCAGYAAUUGAAUUGGAUCCCUACUGGGGAGAUSUCAAACAAGUUCGCUUCAACAUGUAUGAUAGGGAUGUUCUUGACUGCCUUCCAGCUGAAGAUGUUCCUAGAUUCUACCAUGCAUAUCAGGCAUUKGCAAAGAUUAUAAGAGAUSCAGGGAACGAGUUUUGGUUUAAGCUUCAACCAGGAGUGUGCAUGGUGAUGGCAAACUGGAGGGUUUUACAUGGUCGUAAUUCUUUUACAGGAGUAAGAAGAAUGUUAGGAGGUUAUGGAAACAAAGAUGACUUUGAGGGACAAUUCAGAUCAAAAUUCAGUAAUUACAGAAAGGAACUAUAAGAGUGCACACAACAAAAGCUCAAAGCAAUUUUUAACAAUGAACAGCUAAUGAGAUUUAGUUAUCAACUAACUAAGAAUUCAUCGGGGUAUGCACACCAUCGCCACCAUGCCUCACAGAAUUCGUAGUUGGUUGAUAACUAAAUCUUAUUAUGUGACAUGCACUGUAAAGAGCAUUCAUUUUAGCCCAAAAGAAAAUCGAGUAUGAAAAAUAACAUUUAKAAACAUUGUAUUAGGGAGACAGUUAUUUCAUUCAUGAAAAAAAAAUCUUCCAAAAAGUAAUCCAGUCAGUACAAAGACUAUAAAAAUAUUUUUAUACAAACCUCGCAGAAAAAUAGAAUAUAUGGUUUAAUAUUUAGAGACAUAAUUUUCAAAGAAAAAUGUUCCUUAAAGAGGAAUUUUUAAUUAAUUUUAUCGYCUUUGUGAUUGGAAGAACUGACACAYGAGUGACAAAAAAUUGCAGAUCACGUGAAUUUAAUUAUGCAUGCAUGUGAGCUUGAUUUUUGCAUCUGYUUUCCAUCAUGGCAGGGAAWAAAACAUUCAAUGUUU